UCUCUUUCGCGAGCAACAGCAGCAGUUCGACUUCGACGCCGCAGCGACAGAAAAAUCACUCCAGGGAUUGGAUCGAUGAAGCUUCUUCCGGCCGCCCUCGGCCUCGUCCUCGUCCUGCUCCUCGUUCUGAAUCCCAAUGGUGUGGAGGCCCGGCCUGCGCCUACCGACGGCCAUCAGAAGAAGCAGUCGAGCAACACCUUCUUCGUCUUCGGGGAUGACUUCGCCGACAACGGGAACCUCCCUCUGACUGACCCUGUCACAGAGAUGUCCCGGCAAUGGGCCUACCCCUACGGCUCCGGCUACGUCGACGCCGAUGGGUUUCCACGGCCGAAUACUCCGUCUGGUCGCUUCUCAAACUAUAAAAUCCAAUCAGAUUUUAUCGCAACAAUGUUGGGCCUAGAGGAAGCCCCUCCGCCGCAUGCCCGCACAGCGGAGAAAACCUGCGACCCCUCAGGCAUGACCUUUGCUUGUGGUGGCGCCGGCGUGUUUGAUAGUAUCUCAAACGAUGUCCCCACCCUCGCCAACCAGGUUCAGACUUUCAAGAAGAUGGUCAAGGAUGGGACAAUCACAGAAAAUCAAUUGGGUCGCUCAGUAGCGCUCGUGGCAUUUUCAGGCAAUGACUAUGCAAGCACCGGCGUCAUCGGCUUAAGUAAUCCCAACGAUAUCAAUGCUUAUAUUGGGAAGGUGACCAAGGAGAUUGCAGCCAAUGUGGAACAGUUACAGAAGAUUGGGGUGAAAAAGGUUCUUGUGAACAACUUGCACCCCAUCGGUUGCACGCCAUCACAAACUCGAAAUAACAACUACACCACAUGCGAUAUCUUUGGAAAUUUGGGCGCAUCCAUCCAUAACAGUAACUUGAAACAAGUGAUGGAGGUAAAGAAAAAUGUCCACAUUGUCGAUCUAUACACCGCCUUCACUAAUAUUGUGGAUCACGCGUCAGGUAAAGGCUCAGAGCUAUCCAAGCAGUUCAAACGCAAGAUGUCACCAUGCUGCGAGAGUUUAGACUCGAAAGGUUACUGCGGACAGCAAGGCGAAUCGCCGUCAGAACUUCUCUACAAUGUGUGUGAUAAGUCAAACAAAUUUUUCUAUUGGGAUGACAUGCACCCCACACAUGCCGGGUGGGAAGCAGUGAUGAAGCAGUUAGAAAAGCCUUUGAGAGGAUUUAUAGAUCAGGACUAAGUGAGGCUCCAUAUCUUCUUCAUAGAGCCAUGCAUACAUGGUGUCUAUGUACCUAAUGAUUGUCUCUUUUUUCCCUUUGGACAGUUUCGAGUAUUUUAUUUCCGAUAGCAUUUCUGGGUUAUCAAAAAUGUAUAUUGUAUAUUCAUUUUUUAGUUAUAUUUAUAUA